CAGCACGGUAGCCCUCGACGCUCAGGUGGAGGAUGGAGACAAAACUUGGCGAGAAGGUCAAGAACGUCACAUAAAACAAGUAGACUGGGAAGGUUUGCUGGCGGAAGACCAAUGCCGGCGCCUGCGCACGAAGGUGGCCGCGGCGUUGACGAGAAACCGAAAGACUCGGGGAAACGGGAAGAUCCGGGUAAAAGACCGCCGGCCGAAGAAGGGAUUCUGGCGCCUGGUCAUGAUGGCGACCUUGGUCAUGGUGGCGCCCCUGGAGACGAAAAAAGGAAGGAAGGUCGUCCGUCGAACGACCCGGAAGAGGGCAAAUCUGAAGAGAAGGGCGUGUCGAGCAAAGGCCCGGAGGCUUCUGCUCAUGGAAAUAACCCAGACCUAGCAAAACAAGAUGAUAGAGGUGCGCCAGGAAGAUGGUGAAGCUAUCACUUAUUGUUGAAGCUGCUGGCAAUGAAACUUAUUUGAAAUUGAUCUUGCAACAGGAUGGAGACCGAAAGCAUGACCCCUGUAGUAUCUGCCUUUCUGGUAGCACUGAAUGGUUUUUGAAUUGCGUUUCGGGCUCCAAUACUUGCACAACCUCAGAUAUCGAAGGCCCGUUCUGUAGAGUGGCGGCGUCAGGUUGUGUUAGAACGCAGGCUGACCCCGAAACGUCUACACGGACAAGUUUUCCACGUGUUGCAUUAGUUCCUGGUUUUGUUCCUUGGUGCUACACAACCGGCAGGCAUCCUUGUGCCCCUUGUGGGCCUAUGGGUUGCAACCUGGAAUUAUCCCGUUCAGAGCCAACACGAACCAAAUCGCCACAAGGUGGAGUUUGCCUGUUUGUAAGAGAGCCAUGGCUCAACCGACAUACGAAUUAUUUGGUAGUUGCUGUAGGAUACGACAUUUGCUAUUGUAAGUUCGUAGGCUAUUUCAAUUGGUAGGAGCUGCUACUUUUGCAAUUCCCACGGGAAAAAAAAACAAACAAGGCCGGUCGCCGUAUGUACCACAAAUGAUUCAUCUGACCUGGGGAGAUGGGUGCUGUACAUGAAAGUAGCCCAACACGAAAGGGAGCAAGCAUGCUUUGCAUAUCCUGAGUGGGUGCGGUGAGCUUUGUCGUCUAGCACGAAAAAUAACGAACGCGUCGCAAUACUCCGGCACAAGCAACGGUUAUCCUGACCCUCCUUGGAAGGGGUAGCGGCUAGAACAUAGUUUUCCGCAUAUAGUAGAAUCCGCAAGGCGCCGCUGCUUAGAUUACCUCACGUACAGAACUAUUGAAAAUGUGAUAUUUGACAGAACGAGAAGCCUCGGCUGAUGCCUCAAGUUUCUUCUCCCGGUGCCAGGCAAUGUAGAGCAAUGGGCAGCUGUCGAG